UUCCUCAACAUGUGGACCAAGCAGGACACUCACGACCUGGAGAAUCCGUCGCUCACAUCCACGCCCGUGUGCAGCCAGAGACCCCUCGUCUCCACCCCUCUGCAGAGAGACAAGACCCCCCUCACCCAGAAGGAGAACUCAGUAUUUGUGACACCCAACCACAAGCUGGAUCUGUAUACGACCCCACGAACUCCGACGCCGUUCAAAAACGCCAUGGAGAAAUACGGGCCUCUGCAGCCUCUGCCUCAGACUCCCAACCUGGAAGACGACAUAAACGAAGUGAUCCUGAGAGACGCUGGGAUCGACUUCGCGUCCUCGAGAUCCACUCCUCCUGAGCAAAGACGCAAAACAAUGCAUCGGGCUCCUAUGAAGAAAGUGAGGAAAUCCCUCGCUCUCGAUGUGGUCGACUGCCAUGUGUCGAAACGAAAGGCCAUCAAACUGGAAGCCAGACACAACAUCAAGGAAGAACCCAUGAUAGUUUCUCUCAGCUCCUCGUCGUUCUGCAGCAAGCAGCAUGACAGUAUUUUGGAUCAGGGCUUCUUGAUGGGACCCAGUGACAGCGACAUAUUCCCCAGCAACGUGCCUCCAGCUCCAAUGUCUAAAGAAUGGGAGACGGUGGUUUGUGGGAAAACUAAAGACCAGCUCUUCAUGACGGAGAAAGCGAGAUGUUACCUCCGCUCGUUAAAAUCCCACUCCACCAACCGGGCUCUUAUUCUGUCCUGAGACGUCUUAAAACCAACAUGCACACACUGAUGCUGUUGUUGUUGUUUUCCCCUGUACUGUUUAAUGUUGUAAUGUCGUGUGUACUCAAUUUUCUGUCCCGAACAAUCAAAACACUGAUAAUAUAUAGCUCUAUCCGUAAUUUGAGAGAGAGAAUGGUGCUUUUAUAAUUAAUCUCACAAACACCAAAGGCUUUAAAAAACAAGUCAUGAAUCACAUUUCGUUGUUCUGUCUCUUAAAAAAGAACAAUGAAUGGAAAGUGGAAAAAUCACGGCUACAUACUUUAGCUAUCUCUGAGAAGACAUGGUUUUUACAUAAUGUGUGGAAUUGAACAGUUUUUAAAGUUGUGAACAGUACAAUGACUCAGGUGGAGCCUCCGUAUCUUAAAAAUUGAAUAUGGAGGAUAUUCAGACGGCUUGUUCAGAAAUGAGAUGAGGGGUUCAUGUUGAAAAAUGUUAAGUGAACAUUGUCUUGUUGUAUAAAUCAGUUUAGCAUGUGUGUAGAUUUAUGAUGAGCAUCUCAAAUCAAAGUGAGGACAUCAGAGUGAAAAGUGACUCACUCUUGGGAUGCUAGAAGUGAUUAAUAUAUGUAGAAAGGUUGUUGUUGUUGCUGUUUUCAUGUCGUUUCAACAUAAUGGAUGCUGUACCAACAUUGAUGGCAAGAGUAUUAUGUCUUUUGGCAUUGUUUGUAAAUAUUUAGAGUUGUAUGUUUUUUAUCAUACAGCAUUUUGUGAACAAAUUUAAUAAAACACAAUAUGUCCGAUU